GGGGAUGGCCUCCGACUCGGACCCCGAGGAGCUCUUCUACGACGCCGCCGAGGACGUCGCCCACCCUUCGCCGUCGCCAACCAAAGUCAGAGUGCCCUCUGUACCAAAGGAGCUGCCCAGUGGUCCGCAAACAGCAGAGAGUGAGGCGUCAACACCAGAGGUGAAGCAAGAUGAUCCUAAAGAGAUAAUUGACAACAUCAUAGAAGAAAGCCAGAAAGUGAACCUGCUUGAGGACAACCCUUUGGCCGUACCUGGGCAGGAGCUGACGGAGCCCUCUUCGCAGGCGAAUCUGUGGAUUUCCGGAGCUGACCUUCUCCAGAAUAUUCCCGAACUGUUGGUCGCCGAAGCCACGUUGUCAGGGGACCAGGAAGCACCUUUGAGCGAAAUCGCUGUCGAGGACGAUGAGACGGAGCUGGGGACAGCCUUACCGCCUCUUGUAGAGUUUGAAAAUGGCUCAGAGGUUCCAACAGAAAUCCCAGGCGAGGCCCACAGACCAAAGGUAGAUGGAGACGAUGAGGCGGAGGGUCAUCCAGUGGAUAUUUUGGCUACAGCAGAACUCUGUCCCGUCAAGGACCUCUCUGCUGGCGAUGAGGAGGAGGAGGUGCCACCCAGCAAACCCCCGCGACAGCUGAGCAUGGAGCCCGACAUUGUGGCCAGCACGAAGAAGGCCCUCCCUGCCAGGCCCCCGCCUCCAGCUGGCGGACCACCCCCCAGGCCCCCACCCCCCUCCCGGCCGGCCCCACCCCCCAGGAAAAAAAAGAGUGAGCUGGAGAUUGAGACCCAGAGGAGCCCCGGGCUGGAAGUUUCAAGGGAGGCCUUUCCCGGUGGCCUCUUGAGCCCUCAUGUGUCUGUGGACUCCAUGGCCAAAGACUCGCAGCCUUCCUUGGACCUGGCCAGCGCCACGAGUGGGGACAAAAUCGUCACUGCCCAGGAGAACGGGAAACCAGCGGAUGGACAGACGGUCACCAGCGAAGUGGUUGGGCCUCAGAGGCCCAGGUCGAACUCCGGCCGAGAGCUGACCGAUGAGGAAAUCCUGGCCAGCGUCAUGAUCAAGAACCUUGACACAGGAGAGGAGAUCCCGCUGAGUUUGGCCGAGGAAAAGCUGCCCACCGGCAUCAACCCCCUGACGCUGCACAUCAUGAGGCGGACAAAGGAAUAUGUCAGCAAUGAAGGGGCUCAGUCCGACGACGAAGACAAGUUGCAGUCACAGCAGAGCGACACGGACGGAGGGCGCUUGAAACAGAAGACGACCCAGCUGAAAAAGUUCCUCGGCAAAUCGGUCAAGAGGGCGAGGCACUUAGCCGAAGAGUACGGUGAACGAGCCGUCAACAAAGUGAAGAGCGUCCGGGACGAAGUUUUCCACACCGACCAGGACGACCCCUCCUCGAGUGACGACGAAGGCAUGCCCUACACGCGGCCGGUGAAAUUCAAGGCAGCGCACGGCUUCAAGGGACCCUACGACUUCGAGCAAAUCAAAGUCGUCCAGGACCUCAGCGGGGAGCACAUGGGCGCUGUGUGGACCAUGAAGUUCUCCCAUUGCGGCCGGCUGCUGGCUUCAGCGGGGCAGGACAACGUGGUGCGGAUCUGGGUGCUGAAGAACGCCUUCGACUACUUCAACAACAUGCGGAUGAAGUACAACACGGAAGGCCGGGUGUCCCCGUCCCCGUCCCAAGAGAGCCUGAAUUCGUCCAAGUCGGACAACGAUAUGGGGGUUUGCAGCGGGACGGAUGAGGACCCAGACGACAAAAACACACCGUUUCGCCAGCGGCCCUUUUGCAAAUACAAAGGGCACACGGCAGACCUCCUGGAUUUGUCCUGGUCGAAAAACUACUUCCUGCUCUCCUCCUCCAUGGACAAGACGGUCAGGCUCUGGCACAUCUCCCGGAGGGAGUGCCUCUGCUGCUUCCAGCACAUUGACUUUGUCACCGCCAUCGCCUUCCAUCCCAGGGAUGACAGGUAUUUUCUAAGCGGCUCGCUGGACGGGAAGCUCCGGCUCUGGAACAUUCCUGACAAAAAGGUGGCACUCUGGAAUGAGGUGGACGGCCAGACCAAGCUCAUCACAGCAGCCAACUUUUGCCAGAACGGAAAAUAUGCUGUGAUCGGGACCUACGAUGGUCGGUGCAUCUUCUAUGACACAGAGCAUCUGAAGUACCACACGCAGAUCCAUGUCCGGUCGACCAGAGGACGGAACCGAGUCGGGAGGAAGAUCACAGGCAUCGAGCCCUUGCCGGGGGAGAACAAGAUCCUGGUGACCUCAAACGACUCCCGGAUCCGGCUCUACGACUUGCGGGACCUGUCUCUGUCCAUGAAGUACAAGGGCUACGUCAACAGCAGCAGCCAGAUCAAAGCCAGCUUCAGCCAUGACUUCACUUAUAUCGUCAGCGGCUCUGAGGACAAAUACGUUUACAUCUGGAGCACUUACCACGACCUGAGCAAGUUCACCUCCGUCCGGAGGGACCGCAAUGAUUUCUGGGAAGGAGUCAAAGCCCACAAUGCCGUGGUCACGUCGGCCAUUUUUGCCCCGAAUCCCAGCUUGAUGGUGUCCUCGGAAACGUUGGAGAAGCCGGAGCCUGAGGCCAAAAGCGAAGAUUCGGAGUCUGGAGACCCCAUCCCUUCUGGGGCGCUGAAGACAGACCACACCGAAGUGCUGCUCUCGGCGGACUUCACCGGCGCCAUCAAAGUCUUCAUCAACAAGAAGAAGGCAGUCUCGUAAAGCCAUGUCUUGAUGCCAGCGCAUCAUGCCUCCGACUGAUAGAUACGGCAUUUGAAAAGCAUAUUCCGAACCCUUCCGUGCUAAGAGGCUUUCCUGGAAGCAGCACCGGCGCCAUUCGCUCUCUUGGUUUCCACCUCGGUUUCCUUGAACGCCAUCCUUUUGCUGAACCUAAAGGAUGCCAUGCGCCGGAUUCUGUAUUGAAGCGGCAACGAAAUACUCUGUGCCUUGUGGAAAGGCACCAACUUGCACCAAAAUUAGGAGCCAAAUUCAUUAAUCAUGGUGCCGAAGGGAAGAAGAGUUUGGCAAGGGGACAUCAUGUAUUAUUUUAAUAAUUUCUGCGCCAUUUGAAGCGAGUCAGUUGCCCAAACGUAUCAAUAUCCAGUUUGGAAAAAUGGGUCGAGUUUGUGCUCGUUUUGCAACCGGAUCCCUUUCCCGUUUUGGUGCGAUUCCUCCCCUCGAAUGGGUUUCGCUGCAAUCACGUCGCCAAACGUUUCCUGACAUGGGAUGAUGAUUCUUCUUUCUCGUCGUCUUCUAAUUAUUGUGGACACUAUAAAUCCCUUUCUUAAUAUAUAUAACGACCCGGGUUUGUUUCUCCCGCCCCUUUUCCUUUGCACACUGGAGCACAAUGUUUCUACGAAAGAGAUCCUUCUCAUUCCAGAGCACCGAGUUUAUGCUCACCUUAAAGGAGAUAUUAGGAACGAAUUCUUACGAUGUAAAAUAAAAACUGUUUACAUAUUUUUUUAAAAAGCAUUGUAGUUUCAAAUGUAGGUUUUGUUCUGUUCUCUCUCUCUCUGUUUUUGUUUAGAGCUAAUUUGAAUUUCAAAGGUCUUUGUAAAUAUUCACAAAGUUUUACCAAUGAUAUGACAUUUGGAAGGGAACCCAAAGCCCUCCAAAUGUUGUUGAUGGUUGACUAUAAAAAGAUGUAUGAUUAAAAAUGGGUCGUUGGAAGAAA